CUUAUUUGCUUUGUUUAAUAUUUACCAGUGAACGUUCAUUUAAUACCACCCAGCGAAACGAAGAACAGGGAAGAAGCACUGUGAAAGCGAAAGAGGGGUCCAGCACUAACUGUUCAGAAGGAAAAUGAAGUCUGCAUUGUGUUUGUGUUUGUUGCUUCUCGGACUUCAAGUCCAAGGUCAGUAUGGAUCCAACCUCAAUGCUGAACAGCAGGAACAGAAAAUACCACAUUCUCCAGAAGACCAUUCCCAAACUGAAGGCGAAAAAUUGGGUCUUGUCAAGAUAGUCCCCAGCAACACUGACUUUGCAUUUCAGUUUUACAAGCAGGUCAGAGAAGAGGAGGGCAACAAGAACAUUUUCUUCUCUCCCUUGAGCAUCUCCACUGCCUUUACAAUGCUCUCCCUGGGGGCCAGGUCAAAUACACUCAGUCAGCUGCACAAGGGCCUUGCCUUUAACCUGACAGAGAUGGAGGAGCAAGAGAUCCAUGAGGGAUUUCAGCGUGUCCUCCAGAUGCUGAACAACCCUCACCAGGAAGUCCAGUUGAGCAUAGGCAAUGCCCUGUUCAUAGAUGAUCGGCUGAAAAUUCUCCAAAAAUUUUUGGAUGACAUCACAAAUUUUUAUUACUCCGAAGUUGUUUCUAGUAACUUCCAGAAUUCUGCAGAGGCUACAAAGAAAAUCAAUGACUACAUCGAAACAAAAACCCAGGGGAAAAUUGUGGGUUUGCUCAAGAAUCUUGAUCCAGACACUGUGAUGGUUCUGGUUAACUACAUUUUCUUUAAAGGCAACUGGGAAAGACCUUUCAACAAUUUGAUCACCAGAGAUGAUGAAUUCUUUUUGGAUGCCAAAAAUUCUGUUAAAGUCAAAAUGAUGCAUGAAAACAAAGACUUUAAUAUCCAUAGAGAUGAGAAGUUUUCUUGCUGGGUAGUAGAAAUCCCAUACAAAGGAAAUGCUGCUGCACUGUUUAUUUUGCCUGAUGAAGAGAAAAUGAAGCAGGUGGAGGAUGCUCUGCUAGAAGAAACAGUGUCUAACUGGAUUCAAUCACUUGAAAAAAGAAAAAUCUACUUGGAUCUUCCAAGAUUCUCCAUCUCUGGCUCCUAUGAUGUGAAGAGAUUGUUUAAGAAAAUGGGUGUGACAGAGCUGUUCAGUGACCAGGCUGAUCUCUCUGGAGUGGCAGAAAAAACUCUUCUGAAGGUUUCCAAAGCAAUUCACAAGGCCACGGUGGAUGUUAGAGAGAAUGGCACAGAGGCUGCUGCAGCGACUGUGAUAGAAGCGGUACCAAUGUCUGCAGUGAUUCCUCCUCCUCCUCACAUCAGUUUCAACAGGCCCUUUCUGAUGUUGAUUUUUGAUGAAAUCACCAGAAGCAUCCUUUUCAUGGGAAAAAUUAUGAACCCAGCUGCCGAGGAACACUAGGACAGAGCACUUCUGCUUCCCAUUGCAGGAGUACUUCCCUGCAAAAAAGGGACUAGAAGUUAUUUUUAAUUGUCAAAUAAAUAAAUAAAUAUUA